AUGAAAAUCACUUUUCAAUUUUUAAACUUAUUAUUUUGGUGUGGACAACUGGGCUUUUUGGUCACUAAUGCUGAUGAAUUCGCUAGAGAAACAGCUGAAGACAGAUGGAGAGAGACGCUUGUUCAUACUACUAUUGUAAGAAUUGUUUAUUUUGGCAGGGUAGGGAAAGUUAGGGUUGGGUAGAGGGGGUUAGGGUAGGGUAGUGUAGGGUAGGGUAGGGUACGGGAAUGUUAAAUACUAAUCGUAAAAUUUUAGUUCUUCCGCCACGGAGCCAGAGCCCCAUUACAUUUCAUACCUAAUGACUUCGAAAACCGUCUGGAAACUUGGCCUGAUGGCUUGGGCGGUCUAACUGAACUAGGUAUAACCCAAAUGAGAAAUCUUGGCAGAGAAGUUCGAGCACGGUACGAUGAUUUUGUUGAUGAAAUUUUUUCACCAAGACAAUUGUAUGCAAGAAGUAGUUCGUAUGAUCGAACAUUACUGUCAGCUCAAGUUUUUUUGAGUGGAUUUUAUGAAAAACAAAGAAACAAGAGCGAGUACAACUUUGUUGAUGUACCUGUUCAUACCAAGCCUAUUGAGGAGGAUAAGGUAAGCUGUUCCUACCCCUACCACUAUGCACUUUAUCUUACCCAACCCUAACCUAUGUUGCCCUACUAUUUCAUACCCCUACCUACUUUAUCCUACCCUACCCUACUUACUAUACCUUACCCUACCCUAAUACUACUAUUUUCAGGAGCUCUACUUCUACGUUCCCUGUCCUGCAGCUGAUGAUGUAUAUUCAAAGUUGAUGUACGAAAACCACAAAUACAUUAAAUUAGCUGAAAAUUUGGUGGAUGUACUGACCUACUUGAGCAAGAUGGGCGGAUUUUCUAAGGUUCCACUGCCUUUGCACGAGUUUAUCAAACUCUAUGAUCCGUUGAAGUGUGAGGUAUGGUUUAUAUUAUCUUAGCUUAUCCUACUUUGUCCUACCCUACCGUACCCUACCUUACUCUAUUCUAUCCUACCUUAUUUUACCUACUCUACCUUAUCCUUGACUUAACCGAUCUUUCCCUGCCCUACCCUGAUUUUUCUUUACUUUUGUCUUACGCGACCCCUACCUUGCCCUACCUACACCACCCUAUGUAACAUGUUCUGUCAUGCCUUAUCUGUACAUGAAGAGUAAAAAAAAGUAGUUUUAAUAUCCUACCUACCUUACUAUACCCUCUUUCCUAACUUGACUACUUGUAUUUGCUUUACCUUGAGUUAUCUAAUCCUCCCGUCCUGUUUUAUCCGACCCUACCUCAACAUUAAUUUAAUAUAGUACCUUCAAUUGCAUUUUUAACCCUAAAUUUUGAUUUUUCAGCAAAUUCACGGCAGAAAAUGGCCCGAAUGGAUGAAUGAGUCAAUGUUCGAAGAAAUCGAAAGAAAUUAUGACACUGGCAGUUAUCUACUGGUCGAUGAUGACAAAUUAAAGGGAUUGAGAGUUGGCCCAUUGUAUGAUGAGAUUGUCACUCGAUUAAACAAGCUUAAUGAGGGACUGGCGGAUCAAAAAAUGUACUUAUAUUCGUGUCAUGACACUACUAUUGGAGGCUUAUUGGCUACCUUGGGAAUGGAGGCUGAUAAGGUAAGUUCUUGCCAUUUUUUGUUUUGUAAAGAAAGUUCUUGCCAUUUUUGGUUUUGUAAAGAAAGUUCUUACUAUUUUUCCUUUUGUAAACAAAGUUCUUGCUCUUUUUUGGUUUGUAAAGGACGUUCUUGCUAUUUUUAAGCAAAAAAUUAUGUUUUGUGUUACGCAGCCUGCAGGUGACAAGUUAUACGAUAGUUAAAAUUUUUUUACUUUGUAAACAAAGCUACUGCCCUUUUUCACUCUACCCUACUAUACCUUAUCCUGCCCUAACAUACCCUUGCCUUUAAAAACUGGCUUACUUUCACCUUGCACUACCUAACUAUACCUUUUUUUAUCCUACCCUGCAAUAAUCUAUAAUAAAAAACUUACAGUACCCCCAAUUCGGUGCCAUCUUAACCGUGGAACUUCAUAAGAAUGCCACUUCCAAUUGGCUCCGCUUCUUUUACAACGAAGGCCUUGAUGACACCGACACUUUUCAAGAAGUUUUCCCCAAAAAUUGUCUAUGGCCAUGCACGGUCGAUAAAUUCGUCGAAUUCGUCACGCCUUACAUUCCUCACAAUUGGGACGCUGAAUGUGGAUUCGAAUGGGCAGUAAGGAGAGAACAAGUUGUUAACAAUUCUGGUUCAUUCGAUGAAGCUCAUGAUGCUGUUGGACAGAUUAGUAAGUUGUAAAGAACUGUUGCGAUUUUUUGUUUUGUAAAGAAAGUUCUUGCAGUUUUUUGUUUUGGAAAGAAAGUUCGGGGCCGAUUAACAAUCAUUCCCCCAGCUACAAUCAUUCCCCCAAGCGCAAAAUCAUUCCCCACAAAGUUAAGUUGAACUUAACUUGUACUAGUCCAGAAGGUAUUGGCUCAGGUGAGGGUUGGGAACGAUCCAAGUGUUGGAGCUGUUGUGACCAUCGCGCGACUAGGGGCUGGAGAGAGAACCGGCAGACGACCUCGGAACUCGGCUCGAAUGACGAUUUCUGGGGAAAUCGGUUGCUUUUAUAGGGAUUUUUUGCAUAAACUUUGAAAGUGUAAACCAAGUUUUGAAUAAUGAAUACACUUUCAAAGUGCAAUGGGAAAGUGAAUAAGGGUUUUCUAAGUGUGGGGCAUGAUAGUAAUACAGGUGGGGCAUGAUAGUAAAACAGGUGGGGCAUGAUAGUAAAACAGGUGGGGCAUGAUAGUAAUACAGGUGGGGCAUGAUAGUAAUACAGAGUGGGACACAACGGUUGUUUUUUUUUACUUUUGGCAAUUUCAUCAGUGAUUCCUUCGUAAGUUCGCGGUCCGACCAUAAUUCAGCAAACAAAAUGAAAGAAUGAGAAAUUGAAAAAUAUCUUAAAAUUUGAAUAAGUGGGGAAUGAUUGUAGCUCAUUUCCAUGGGGCAUUAUUAUUCACCUGCUGGGGAGUUAUUCUUCAUGAGAACCGAAAGUUCUUGCAGUUUUUUGUUUUGGAAAGAAAGUUCUUGCCAUUUUGUGUUAUGUAAAGAAAGUUUUUGCAAUUUUUUGGUUUGUAAAGAAAAUUUUCGCUAUUUUUUGUUUUGUAAAGAAAGUUUUUGCCAUUUUUUGUUUUGUAACGAAAGUUACUGUCAUUUUUAUGCUUGUAAAGUAAGUUCAUGCCAUUUUUCAUACCUAAAACUAAUAUAUUUAGCUGUGCUUGGAAUUCAAGCUGUAACCAUAAUAACUUUGGUCUUGAUUAUCGUGGUGCAAGUUGUGACACUUCGACAACAACAUGGUAUCUUCAUCAUUAAUAAGUAA